CUUAAUUACAUUUCAACACUUCUGAAUUCUGAGAGUAUAAAACCGAGCCCACGCGCCGCCGCAAUUCUGUGGAGAGCUGCGCCGCUGAUGUUAAGCGUUUCGCCACUCCUUACGUUCCGUCAUUUUCCGACCGCGUUUCUCUACCUUCUCCCCACGUCCCGCGGCCUGUUCCUCCGCCAACACUCGACGUCGCUCCGGCCGUUUUCCUCCUUCACUCGCAGCGCUCACACGGCAAAUGGAAUCUGAGAGUUUCACAUUUGGUCCAUACAAAAUCGACCCCAAAGAAGUGUUCUACUCUACUCAACUCUCGUAUGCUAUGGUCAAUUUGCGCCCACUUCUUCCCGGUCAUGUGCUUGUCUGCCCAAGACGUGAUGUUAAGCGCUUCACUGAUCUCACUGGUGAUGAGACGAGUGAUCUAUGGUUCACGGCACAGAAGAUUGGGCGCCAGCUUGAGUCCUACCAUAAGGCAUCUUCAUUGACACUCGCGAUCCAAGACGGGCCUCAGGCUGGACAGACCGUUCCUCAUGUCCACAUCCACAUACUUCCACGGAAAGGUGGGGAUUUUGAGAAGAACGAUGAGAUCUACGAUGCUAUCGACGCGAAGGAGAAGGAACUGAAAGAGAAGCUUGAUCUCGACAAGGAAAGGAAGGACAGAAGCAUGGAAGAGAUGGCUGAAGAGGCGGAUCAAUACAGAAAACUAUUCAUAUAGGAACCACUUGAUAUCCUCUUCAGGUGAGGAAACCAUCAUCAUUGCAUGCCCGUAUUGUUCUGUAACCGGUUUGACUAACCUAACCUUGUGCUGAACAUUUUCAUUUUUCGACUCUUUAUUAAUACGGUUUAAGGUAUAUAAACAGGUGUGCUCUUGCCUUGUUAAUGACUAAAAUCACCAUUUGCUAUGUAGUACCUGUUUUCUUUUCA